AUGUCAGGGUAUGUUGAUUUAGAAAAUACUAACUUAACGUCGUUUGUAAAUAAAGUAUUAGAUGAAGAGAAUUUCCAAGAAGAUCCUGAAGAUGGAAUAUUACCAUCUUGUAAAGAUUAUAUCUUUUAUUGCAAAAAAUGUGGAGAACGUUGUAUUCAAAUUACUCAAGGUAAACCAUUAAUUGAUAUUUGCAAUCAAAUUGCAGAACAUGCAGAACAGUAUUCUAGAGGUAUAUUAUCUAAAUGUAAAGAAAAUGAAACUAUUAAAAGAAGUUGUAUUUCAAUUAAUACAUGUGAUUAUCUUGGAGGAAGAUUAGAACAAUUACUAACAGGAUAUACUGAAAUGGCAACGGUUAGUGGUGCAUAUCAAUUACAAACAUUUCAAUUUAGUAUUAUUAAUCAAUGUGUUAAACCCAUCAUUCAAUAUCUUGUAUUAUGUUUAAUUGAAAAAGCAAAAGGAGCAAUUACAGAAAUUACAAAAAUGAAUUGGGAUAUUUCAUGUGAAUCAAUUGAUGAUGAAGAUGAUUAUGUUUUUCAAAUGGUUAGUCUAAUUAAUCAACAAUUUAGUAUUGUCAAAUCAAAAAUAUUUCAAAAUUAUUAUCUUAGAGUAUGUCAUGCAACAGUUUCAUUAAUUAUUGAUGAGUUCACAAAAAAUGCAAAUGGGUUUUUCUCAAAUUAA